AUGCAAUUGACAGCUUACAGGCAACCUUUCUUGGUAUUAUCACACAGGGGAAGUAGCGUUGGAGAUGCUGGUGGAGCUACUGAUCGGUUAAUUUAUAUCCCUCUGCCAGAUGAAGAAUCACUGCCAGAUGAAGAAUCAUGCCUUCAAAUUUUCAAGGCUUGCCUCCGAAAAUCACCACUUUCCAAAGAUGUUGAUCUAAGGGCUCUCGCCAAAUAUACUCAAGGAUUUAGCAGGGCUAAUAUCACAAAGAUAUGCCAACGGGCUUGCAAAUAUGUUUCAGAGUCGAUCGAAGCUGCUAGAAGCUAUACAUUAGGCGCCAAAGUUAGUUAG